AGAGUGAUACAAACUAACCUUAAAAGAGUGAAAUGUUGACAAAAAUGUCAAUAAAAACUUAAAUUUAUAAAUAAAUAAGAGAUAACUAAUAAGAUUACAAAGAGUGAUACUUAAUAAAUAAUUACAAUGAUAUAACAGAUUCAAAGUUAAAUUUAACUCAAGUGUAUCAUGGCAAGACAACGGAAAUCCGUACCGGAGGGCAGUAAAGACACCAAAAGCCGAAAUAGCAGUAGCAGCAAUGGCAGCAGUAUUCAAAAUACGAAAAUUGCCCAACAACAAAGCAGCAUAUUCUCUUAUUGGAAACAGUUGGCUUUCGUGGCUGUUUUGGGGGUAACUGUAGUGUUUGGGGUCAUGGGUUAUUUACAGACUAGAGUGAACACCCCUUUUGAUGAAAAAAGGGUUGUCAUAGACAGUGGGUUGAAAGUUCCAGAGCAAUUUUGGGGCUCAUAUAGACCCGGCGUGUAUUUUGGUCUUAAAACAAGGGACCCGCAAUCAUUGGUUACAGGGUUAAUGUGGUACUUUCCAAAUAGAUUAGGUCCAGGAGGUGAUGGAAUAAGGCACUGGUGCGAACAAGGUGAUAAUUUAGAUAAAUACGGUUGGCUACAACAUGAUGGUAGCAAUUUUGGGAUCCAAGAACUACAAGAUGGCCCGUUCAAGCUAACUACAAGUUUUGUAAAAAGAUUGGGGGGCCAAAAUGGCGGAGAAUGGACAGCUAGAAUAUCUGUAGAUAUUUUGCCAAAAUACAAAAGUUUAAUAUCCAAAGACGAACAAGUCUCUCUGAUUUGGUACGCUGCCAUGGACAGCGAAACAGAAGGUUUCAUAGCACCAACAAAUUCCAAUACAGAUAUUACUGGAAUAAGAGGGGAAACGUCUACAUUAGGCGAAUUCAAAAUGACAAUGUUUCCUCAACAAGGUAAAGUGGAUCACGAAUCCUUUUUGAGCACUUCUGCUCCUGGACUUAAUUUACUUAAAGAAACUGUGAUAUGGUCUUUAAGACUGGCUCAAGAUAAUCCUAAGGUACCCAGAAAGAUUGUUUUGGGUGGACAAAUUUAUCCUGCUGAAACAGAAAAUAAAAAUCCAAACUUAGUUGCAACUCAAAUUACUGCAAAAUUACCAUUUACACUUGAUGUUGUAUUUGAAUCCAAAAGCGUUGUGAAUAGAAAUGAUAAACUAGUGGGAGAUUCAUAUACAAAAGCUUUGAACUGGCACAAAACUAGAUUCAAUCAAAGAUUUGAAGAUACAUUUGCUUUAAAACAUAAAGGCUUCACAGAAAAUCAAAUUCGUUUUGCACAAGCAGCCUUAAGUAAUAUGGUUGGUGGUAUUGGAUAUUUUUAUGGUUCAUCACUAGUGCAAAGUUUUUAUACUGAAGAACCGGUUCGCUAUUGGAAAUCUCCCCUUUAUACUGCAGUUCCUUCAAGAAGCUUUUUUCCCAGAGGAUUUUUGUGGGACGAAGGUUUCCACGGUUUGCUUAUUUCCCAAUGGGACGUGGACAUGGAAUUAGACAUCAUGGGCCAUUGGUUUGAUUUAAUUAACGUAGAAGGUUGGAUUCCCAGGGAACAGAUUUUAGGAGUGGAAGCAGUGGCAAAAGUACCACAAGAAUUUAUAGUGCAAUGGAACACGAAUGCAAACCCGCCCACGUUUUUCCUAACUCUUCAAUAUAUUUUGAAUAAAUAUGAACAGGAUCUUACAAAUGAAAGAUUGGCGCAUCUCGAAAGGCUCUAUCCUAGACUUCAAGCAUGGUUCCAAUGGUUUAAUACUACCCAAAAAGGACCUCUUGCAGGUUCUUACAGGUGGAGAGGUAGAGAUCCUUUAACCAAUAGAGAAUUGAAUCCCAAAACUCUAACAUCAGGAUUGGAUGAUUUUCCAAGAGCGUCACAUCCAAGUGACUUGGAACGUCACAUAGAUUUGUACUGCUGGAUGGCUGUAGCCGCAAACACCUUAGCAAAACUGGCUUAUAUUUUAGGCAGAGAUUCUUAUUCAAAAUACCAACAGACAGCUGAAUACCUAAUGGACAAUCACUUGAUGGAUUCAUUGCACUGGUCCAAUUAUUCUAAUAGAUAUGCUGAUUAUGGUCUUCACACUGACGCGGUCAAGUUGGUGAGGCCCAAGCCACUUCCUAGACAGCAAAAUCAAAAUCUAGAAAUGACCAGGAAGGUGCUGAAACAACCGGAAUUCCGGCUGGUGGAUUCUAUAUUUGGUUAUGUCAAUAUAUUUCCUUUUCUUCUUCAGAUACUUGAACCUACAUCACCCAAAUUAGGUAAAAUCCUCACAGAUAUAAGGGAUCCAAAUUUGAUGUGGAGCAACUAUGGGCUACGUUCACUCUCGAAAACUUCGCCUCUCUAUAUGGCCAAAAAUACUGAGCAUGAUCCACCAUAUUGGAGAGGUCAAAUUUGGGUCAAUAUCAAUUUUCUAGCCACCAAAGCUCUGUGGCACUAUGGGCAUAGUGAAGGGCCAUAUCAAGAUCAAGCGAAUCGAUUAUAUCAAGAAUUAAGGAUGAACAUUAUUAAUAAUGUUGUUGAGCAGUAUGAAAAGACGGGAUAUAUUUGGGAACAGUAUAACGAUAAAACUGGUGAGGGGAGCGGUUGCAGGCCUUUUACAGGAUGGACUGCUUUGACUGUGGUACUUAUGAGCGAGGGAUUUGAAUAAAUAGUGGAAAAAUUAUUACUUGUUUUUUAUUUAGGAUAAUUUUAACUCAUACACUUAACACUUAUCAUCUUCUGUAUUCAACCUUAUGUAAAUUUUAUAAGUUAUUUAUAUUCUCUGGAAAUAGACUGGUAUGCAUUUGAAAUGGACACCAAAUGACUGAAAAUAAGAAGCAAUGAAGGAAUGUUAAUUUAAGAUUUUGAUGUAGUAGAUAAAAAGGUAACUUCUCCAGAGAAAAACGACCUCAUCUUUGAUUGGUAUCAUUUUGGAUAGUCAUCUCAAAUGGACCCACCAUGCAUGAGCAUAAUAAUUUGCAGAAUGCCACAAACGAUAAAUGUUGUCAAUAACUUCUGUACUAUUUAAUGGAAAUAGUUUUUCAUUCAAACACCAAUAAUGAUUUAUUUCCAUCUUUCUAUAAUUAUGCUUGUAGAAUUAAAAACAUAGUUUCUAAUUCAUGGGAAAAGUGUCCCACAUGCAACUGCCUCUAAGUGCUGAAAAUUUCCGCUAGUACUAUUUUAUCCAACUGUACAACUUUUAGUAUAGCUGAAAAAAUGCACAAAAACGCAUUCCAAGAUUGACCUUUGUUUCUUGCUAGAAUAUCAUUUAUGUGAUUUAAAAUUAGGAUUUCUUACAAUUUUGGUGUUGUAAAUAUGUACUAUGUAUUUGUUUCUUUUUAUAGUUGGUUAUUAAAGAAAUGUUUUAUAAAUUCUUUGUUUUUCUGAUAAUCCUAAAGAAAAAAAAUCCCAAACACAAAUUAAUUCUGUUUAUUUUAAAAUAAUAACCAGUCUCUAUGUCUCUAUACGUCAUUGCUCUAUACAUAUAAAAUAUACAUCACAGUUCAGAAAAAUCUUUAAACUAAAAUACAACAUUAAAAGCAAAACUCUAUAUAUAUAUAUAUAAAAUACACAUCAAAGUUCAGAAAAAUCUUUAAACUAAAAUACAACAUAUAACACACAAAAGAUAAAAUUGUUUUUUGGUCAAUAGCUUGUGAUGAAAGUGAGCCAAUGAAUAAGAUACUGAAAUUAAAUCCAUUUUAUAUCCAUGAAGCCUUACCAGAAUUGAUAAAAUUUUGUGCAUAAAACACUUACAUAUACCAAGCAUAAAAUCAUGUUUUAAUUUGACGUGCAUAAAUAAUUUCAAUCAUGUCACUUUCGUAUAAGUAUUUAACAUCUAAUUAAAAAUUAAUUUUUGUUUCACUGUUUCAUACUGGUCACAUUCAUCUUGUUUCUUUUACUAGCAAUUUUGACUUGUUUGACUUUAGCAGCAAAACGCAAAGAGUUUAGACUCUCCAUAAAACAACUUUCAAUUGGGGAGAUAUUCACAAUCAUUAGAGUUUUAGAGUUUCCCCCUAAGCUGGAUUGCAGCAAAUAUGUUAGUUUUGAAUUCCUAGAAUAGAUUUUUUCGAGUAACAGAAAAAAAAAUAUGUAAAUGUCUUACCUAUAAGGUAUAUGUCUGGAUUUGUGAUGUAAAUGCUGAAUGACAUCACCAAGAGUGGCCAAGCUUUUAUUGAUGUUUUUGGUUUCAGUUAGUCUGUCGCCUGCUACUGAUUGCUUAGCAUUUUCUGAACCAGCUAAAUCAACCAAAUUCAAACUGCCCUUGUAUACCAGAUCUUCCAAAGUUC